UUCUACAUUUCUUUUGCCGUCUCCUCUCUGCUGAGUCUCCCCCUCCCUUUCCACUAGACUCGAAUUGUCCCCACUGCGGCUCUGCUGCCGCCUCGGAAUGCGCGAUGCCAAGCCCCCGCGGCGGGCCAUCCUCGUCCUGCUGCUCGCGCUCGCGCUAUUCGCCGGAGAUGUUGCCGGGCAGCAGCAGCAGCAGCAGAGGCCCCCGGUCCCGCCCGUGCCACCGGAGCUGCUGGACGUGGAGACGCAGCUCACCGGGCUCACCAAGGACGUCGCCGAGACCAUCUCCGAAAACUUCAGCUUCUGCGUCGCCGACCCGGCGGAGGACUGGAACGGGGCCUUCAAUUACACCUCCGACCUCAGCUUCGUGCAGCGGUGCCUCGCCGAGACCAGAGGUGAUCUGGCGCAGCGUUUAUGCACACCGGGAGAAGUGAAAUUCUAUUUCGAAAGCAUGUACAAUAGGAAAGGUGAGAAAAACCUCUUCCUGAAUACAAACAUAAACUGCAACCGGUCCUCUUGGGUGCCGGGGUGUGAGCCAGGAUGGGGUUGUUCUGUUGGUCCAAACCCUGCUACCAAUAACAAUGACAACGGCGAUAUUCCACCGAGAACAACCAACUGUCAGGAGUGUUGCGAGGGCUUCUUCUGCCCCCGCGGUCUUACUUGCAUGCUGCCCUGUCCAUUAGGCUCGUACUGUCCACGUGCCAUAGCGAACUCAACCACUGGUCUUUGUGAUCCAUACAAGUACCAGAUACGCCCAAACUCGACCUUGACUGGAGGCUGUGGCGGUGCUGACAGGUGGGCUGAUUUUGGGAGCACUGAAGAAAUCUUUUGUCCAGCUGGUUACCACUGCCCAACCACAACAUCUAAAGUCUCUUGUAGUCGUGGGCAUUUUUGCAGAUUGGGUUCUACUACAGAAGAGAAAUGCAUCAUAAAAGGCUCAUGUAAGGAAAACGCAGCGAAUCAAAACAUGAUCAUUUUUGGCGCUUGUUUAGUGGGUGCAUUAGGCGUUUUGCUCUUUAUCAUAUACAAUUGCUCAGAUCAGUUCCUCACUAUCCGUCAACGGAGGAAGGCGAGAUCAAGGGAGAAUGCGAUUCAGCUGGCUCGGCAGCAGCUCAAAGCACAUGAGGGAUGGAAGGCGGCCAAACAACUCGCGAGGAGGCAUGUAAACAGUGUGCAGGAUCAUGUGUCUCGCACAUUGUCACGCAGGAGAUCCUUUCGUCAGCAGCCAGAUCCGGAGAACUCUAGCCAUAGGGUGCAGGAAGCGCCACUGAUGGGUUCGGUCAAGUCACAGGAAAUGUCAGACUCCGCCGUGUUUGCAGUUCAGAGCACAAGCGAGAUAUCUGAAGUCAUUCCUUCGGUUGUUAUGGACAUAAGCGAUGAUGGAGAAGUUGUUGCUAACAAGGAUAAACCUGCACCAAAAGGCAAGCACAGAUCAACCCACACUCAGAUAUUCAAGUAUGCUUAUGGUGAGAUAGAGAAGGAGAAGAUCGAGCAGCAAGAGAACAAGAACAUGACCUUCUCUGGAGUGAUUGCCAAGGUAAAGGAGCAACAGAAGGAGAUAACUAGACCUUUGCUCAAGGUUGAGUUUAAGGACCUGACCUUGUCACUUGGAAAGAAGAAGCUGCUGAGGUCUGUUACAGGCGAACUCCAGCCAGGCCGUGUCACCGCUGUUAUGGGCCCCUCAGGAGCUGGCAAGACCACAUUUCUUAAUGCUGUCGCCGGGAAGGUAACUGGUUAUCAGAUGACCGGUUCAGUCCUUGUUAACGGGAACCAUGGAAAUAUACGAUCUUACAAGAAGAUCAUUGGCUUCGUGCCUCAAGAUGACGUUGUCCAUGGGAACUUAACUGUGGAGGAGAACCUUUGGUUCAGUGCAAAUUGCAGGCUUCCCGCGAGAAUGUCGCACCGUGACAAGGUUCUCAUUGUUGAGAGGGUUAUAGAAUCCCUGGACCUUCAGGGGAUCAGAAAUUCAGUGGUUGGGACGGUGGAGAAGCGUGGGAUCUCUGGCGGGCAGAGGAAGCGUGUCAAUGUGGGGAUUGAGAUGGUGAUGGAGCCAUCUCUUCUGAUCCUAGAUGAACCAACCUCGGGCCUAGACAGUUCCUCGUCACAACUGCUCCUCAAAGCUCUUCGUCACGAGGCACUUGAAGGCGUGAAUAUUUGCGCUGUCGUACACCAACCGAGCUAUACAUUGUACAACAUGUUUGAUGAUUUGAUACUUCUGGCAAAAGGAGGCCUUAUUGUUUACAAUGGUCCUGUGAAGACCAUUGAGGAGUACUUUUCAGCUCUUGGAAUCCAUGUCCCUGACCGUGUAAACCCACCAGACCACUACAUUGACAUCCUUGAGGGCAUUGUGAAGCCAGAAUCAGGCAUUAUUGCUAAGCAUUUACCAGUGCACUGGAUGCAGUACAAUGGCUACGAAGUGCCAAGUGACAUGCAACAUGAUCUUAAGGAAAUGGGUGAACGAAACCCGCAACUCAGUUCCAAUCCUUCAAUGUCUGGAUCAACCCCUCAUUGCCUCCCCAGUAUCAGGAAUGCUUUUACAGAAGAACGCAACCGUCUUGAGCACCGUUUGUCAAAACCUAAUGAUCUGUCCAGCAGACGAACACCUGGGAUCCUGAGACAAUACAAGUUUUACCUUGGAAGAGUCACGAAACAGCGGUUGCGUGAAGCUAGACUGCUUGCGGUUGAUUUCCUGAUACUAGGCCUAGCUGGGAUCUGCUUGGGGACAAUUGCCAAACUUAGUGACCCGACAUUCGGGAUGGCUGGCUAUAUUUACACUAUCAUCGCAGUUUCUCUUCUGUGCAAGAUUGCAGCAUUGAGGUCAUUUUCACUUGAACGAUUACAGUACUGGCGGGAAAGAGAAUCUGGGAUGAGCUCACUGGCAUACUUUCUUGCCAGGGACACAAUUGAUCAUUUCAGCACGGUUCUAAAGCCAAUCAUUUACCUCUCCAUGUUUUACUACUUCAAUAACCCGAGAUCGUUAAUUGGUGAUAACUACGUCAUACUCCUUGCACUUGUAUACUGUGUAACUGGGAUAGGAUACACAUUUGCCAUCUGUUUCAAUCCUGGCUCCGCACAGCUGUGUUCUGCGCUGAUACCUGUUGUUCUGACCUUGUUAUCCACUCAAAGUACUACCCCUACAUUUCUGAAGAUUUUGAGCUAUCCAAAGUGGGCACUAGAGGGCUUCAUAAUUGUGAACGCAAAAAGGUAUCCUGGAGUUUGGCUAAUAACUCGCUGCGGCUUGCUGUUCAAGAGUGGUUUCAAUAUUAACAACUAUAUGCUCUGUAUUUUGGUUCUGUUUAUGUAUGGCCUGUUCUUCAGAAUUGUUGCAUUUCUGGCGAUGAUUUUGCUGAAGAAGAGAUGAGUCAAGUUUAAUUGCACCAUUUUUUUUCAUAUUUAAUUUCUUCAUUUUUAUUGUACAUUUGUAAAUGAGUUUUGAUGUUCUUUCUUACUGAAAUAUAUAGAAUAGUCACUGAGGGAUGCAAAUAGCAGAAGUCACAAAAGAUGGCACCUUAUUUGGCCAUGCCCAUUUUCACCACAAACAUGUACAAUUACCCUUCUAUAUAGUGCUUGGCUGAGGUAGCCAAUGAAUAAGAUUAGAUUCAACAUGAAUAAUUUAUAUCA